UGCAGCCAGUGGCCUGCCGCGCGUGCCUGCUUGCCCACGGAGUCGCCCCUGGGAGGAGAUCCAGAGGGGGCUCGCUUCCCCUGGGGGGACCUGCAGCCCAGUUGCAGGGUCUGGACGGCCUGGAUGCGCGAGAUUCUGACCCGCAGCCGCUGACGCCCGGCGGCGGGGAAGUUUGGCAGCUGAGCGGCGCGGCGCGGGGCCACUGGACAGCCGGCCACCCCGCGGCCGCGGCGACGGGAGCGAUGCCCGUGGGGGGCCUGUUGCCGCUCUUCAGCAACCCCGCGGGCGGCGGCCUGGGCGGGGGGCUCGGCGGCAGCGGCGGCGGCAGGAAGGGGUCGGGCCCCGCCGCCUUCCGCCUGACGGAGAAGUUCGUGCUCCUGCUAGUGUUCAGCGCCUUCAUCACGCUUUGCUUCGGGGCGAUCUUUUUUCUGCCCGACUCCUCCAAGCUGCUCAGCGGGGUCCUGUUCCACUCCAGCUCCGCUCUGCAGCCUGGCGCUGACCACAAGCCGGGGGUGCGCGCCGAGGACCCGGCCGAGGGGCGAGCCCGGCGCCGCGAGGAGGGCGCGCCCGGAGACCCGGCGGACGCCCUGGAGGACAACUUGGCCAGGAUCCGCGAGAACCACGAGCGGGCUCUCCGGGAAGCCAAGGAGACCCUGCAGAAGCUGCCAGAGGAGAUCCAAAGAGACAUCUUGCUGGAGAAAGAGAAGGUAGCCCAGGAUCAGCUGCACGACAAGACGGCUGCCGGGGGGCUGCCCCAGCUGAACUUUGUGCCUCCCAUCGGGGCAGAGGGCCCGGAGCCCGCGGACCUUGCCAUCCGCGACAAGAGGGCGAAGAUCAAGGAGAUGAUGAAACAUGCUUGGUAUAAUUACAAGCGUUACUCUUGGGGAUUCAAUGAACUUAAACCUAUAUCAAAAGAAGGCCAUUCAAGCAGCUUGUUUGGUAACAUCAAAGGAGCAACUAUAGUAGAUGCCCUGGAUACACUUUUUAUUAUGGGAAUGAAAGAUGAAUUUCAAGAAGCAAAAUCAUGGAUUGAAAAAAAUUUAGAUUUUAAUGUGAAUGCUGAAAUUUCUGUUUUUGAAGUAAAUAUACGUUUUGUUGGUGGACUACUCUCUGCCUAUUAUCUGUCUGGAGAAGAGAUAUUUCGAAAGAAAGCAGUGGAACUUGGGGUAAAAUUGCUACCUGCAUUUCAUACUCCUUCUGGAAUACCUUGGGCAUUGCUGAAUAUGAAAAGUGGGAUUGGAAGGAACUGGCCUUGGGCGUCUGGAGGCAGCAGUAUUCUGGCAGAAUUCGGAACCUUGCAUUUGGAGUUUAUGCACUUGAGUUACUUAUCAGGAAACCCCAUCUUUGCUGAAAAGGUAAUGAAUAUUCGAACAGUACUGAACAAUCUGGAAAAACCACAAGGCCUUUAUCCUAACUAUCUGAAUCCCAGUAGUGGACAGUGGGGUCAACAUCACGUAUCAGUUGGAGGACUUGGAGAUAGCUUUUAUGAAUAUUUGCUAAAGGCAUGGUUAAUGUCUGACAAGACAGAUGUAGAAGCUAAGAAAAUGUAUUUUGAUGCUGUUCAGGCAAUUGAGACUCACUUGAUCCGCAAGUCUAGCGGGGGACUAACAUACAUCGCUGAGUGGAAAGGGGGCCUCCUUGAGCACAAAAUGGGCCACUUGACCUGCUUCGCUGGAGGCAUGUUUGCACUGGGGGCUGAGGGGGCUCCCCCAGGUUUGGCCCAGCACUAUCUGGAGCUCGGGGCUGAAAUUGCCCGAACCUGUCAUGAGUCUUACAAUCGCACGUAUAUGAAAUUGGGACCAGAAGCUUUCCGAUUUGAUGGUGGUGUUGAAGCCAUUGCUACGAGGCAAAAUGAAAAGUACUACAUCCUGCGACCAGAAGUUGUUGAGACUUACAUGUACAUGUGGCGACUGACUCAUGAUCCAAAGUACAGGAAGUGGGCCUGGGAGGCUGUAGAGGCCCUAGAAAAUCACUGUAAAGUGAAUGGAGGCUAUUCGGGCCUAAGGGAUGUUUACCUCAGACACGAGAGUUAUGACGACGUGCAGCAGAGUUUCUUCCUAGCAGAGACAUUAAAGUAUUUGUAUUUAAUAUUUUCUGAUGAUGAUCUCCUUCCACUGGAACAUUGGAUCUUUAAUACCGAAGCACACCUUCUCCCUGUACUCCGCAUAGACAAAAAGGCAGUUGAUGUCAAAGAAAAAUAAAAAAAAAAGACUUUACAUUUCACUCUGCUCCAUUCCCUUCACUGCAUACCUUAAUAAUUCCUUUUCUGAUAUUCAGGCACAUGACGCAUUUUGAUUAAUAGAUAUGUGAUUAUUCUAAGUUUUCAAAUUGUUUUGCAGUCUUUUAUGUUUAUUAUCAUAAGCAUAGAUGGGCCGAAGUCUCUCAUUGUAUCCUUUCUUGUUCUGCCAGUGGAGCCACGGGGUUUUUCUUUUUCAGUAACUCCCUUAUCUCUGGAGUUCAGGAAGUCACAGUAUCAUUUUUAUUAACCUGAAUAGGACGGUAUACCAAUGACCUCUUAAUUACAAUUUUUAUUUGACUGCAAAACUUUUUCCUCCUCUAUGAGGAGAUGAUGUCUGCUUUAAGCUGUAAUGUUUUGCCAUGUUGCAAAAAGCCAUAAUAAGUAAGUAUUAAAUAGCAUUUUUUUUCUUUUCAACUUCAUGUUAAUCUAUUUUGUCUACCCACCAGAGACAGAUCUUAUAACUGUGACAGCCUCCUUAUGCGGGUCUAUCAUUAUUUGAUAGAAUUCUCAUCUAAACUCCUCAUUCACAUUGUGAUUCAAAUUAAAAAAUUAUUCCCAAAGGAUCAUCUCAUGUUGACCUCAUUGCAUUAGAACUGAAGUGUAUUUUUGUUGAUGAAUUAUAUUGAUGUUUCUUAAUUU